CAAAGUGUUUCUUAAACAUACUAAUGUCUCCACGAAUUCUAUAGCCCGAGUAAGCAAAUGACAGGAUUGCGCCUAACAAAAAUUGGCCCGCGCCCAGCGGGGGUUCCGUCGACAGGCAUAUUCUUACUGAUUACCCUGCUGUGCCUUGGUGUAACAACAGCCAGCCUUGAUAUUGUGUCGGUAUCUGGUUACACCUUCAACUAUGCGCACGACUUUCCUACCUCGCUGGGUCUCGAAAUGGGAUAUGUCCCUCAAGGAUCAGAUUCAUACGACAACUGGAUGAGGCGUAUUGCUCAAACAUGCACCUCAAACUGUACAUGCGCAUACUUCAACACCCUUGGAUACCUAAAGAAGGAAGCAGACCCAUCUUUGCUUGUCGUGGUUUCAUACAAUGAUCCCGCCAACCCGGUUCGCGCCCAAGGCAUAUACGCACGGGACGUGAUGUGUGCUUCACCACCUCCGCCACCUCCACCCUCCCCACCUCCACCUUCACCAUCACCUCCCUCUCCCCCAAAGCCACGCCCACCUUCACCGCCGCCUCCACCCUCGCCACCUCCGCCUAAACCGCCCCCACCCUCGCCGCCUCCACCCUCGCCAUCUCCGCCUAAACCACCCCCACCCUCACCACCUCCACCCUCGCCGCCUCCGCCCAGACCGCCCCCACCUUCACCACCUCCACCCUCGCCGCCUCCGCCCAGACCGCCCCCACCUUCACCACCUCCACCCUCGCCUUCCUCGCCUUCACCCGCACCUCCGCCUCCACCUCGCAGUCCUCCGCCCUCACCGCCGCCACCACCACCACCUCGCAGCCCCCCGCCUUCUCCGCCUCCACCCUCGCCGCCUCCUCCCUCGCCACCCCCACCUCCACCUCCCCCACCCCGGACGCAAUCUUCCCCGCCUCCUCCGCCACCAGUUUUGAGCCCCCCACCGCCACCGCCCUCUCCCCGCCCGCCCCUUCCACCGUCUCCGCCCCCGCCCACUUUGCCUCCAAGCCCGCGCCCUCCCAGCCCGCCCAUGCCCAGCCCAAAGCCACCCAGCCCGGUUCCCCCAACGCCUAGCCCUAGCCCCUCCCCUCGAAUGCCGCCGCCAAAACCAUCGUCCUCGCCUCCAGUACGAUCUCCAAGCCCGCCACCACCACCGCCACCACCCGCACAGGAUGUGCUGCCAACUAACGAUCAGGUCACGCCCACACCUCCUGCUUGCAUGGUGUUACCUUCCGACAAGCCCUUCAACACCCUAGAUACUACACCGCUGCAUUCGUACGACAUAGUGCGUGGCAUAACAUUCAUGUACGACGGAUCCAUUGUAAACGACAACUCGGUGGUGGUUGCCAUGCAUAUCACGUACGGCAGCAUACCGAAUCCACUGCUUACGUCGCGCACACUAACGAUUGCGGGCAGCUUGUAUGCGGCCAACAGCACUACCAACAAGAAGGUUUCUCUGGCAAUACCAACGAGCACUUACCUCUCCUCGGUCAGCGUUUGCUGCAACAGCAUUGGCCACCUAGCGGGAAUGGCGCUGACAUUCGGCGAUGGCUCGAUGGUUGGUACCGGCAAUUGCCGCGACCAGAGUGCCUCCAUGACUGCCCGCGUGCAGCAGGGCGGCUGGAUUGGCGGCUUCAAGGGCAGUGUGGGGGCGUCCCUGGGAGCCCUAACGGUGCAGGUCUUCAGUCCAGCACCCGUUGCACCGCCUUCACCGCAAACGCCAAUGCCGCCGGCCCUGCCGGACGUCCCCAUGGGCCCCGCCCAGCCGCCUAGCCCACCCAUGCCGCAAGCGCCGCGCGAACCCAACAGGCCUCCGCUGCCACCCCGGCCGCCCUCUCCACCACCACCGCCACCCUUCCUGCCCUACCCACCACCGCCGCCAGUAGGACAGCCGUCGCCGCCACCAUCACCGCCGCCUCCUUCGGUCAAGUCUUUAGAGGCCACAUUCAACACCACGGUGCUGGUUGACUACCCGCAGAUCGUUGUAGGUCUACCUCCCCAAAUCCCCAACCCUGCCCCUGCCGCGACACUGCAGCUAAUGGGUUCAGCCAUCCCCGUCGCUCGUAGCCCCCUGAACACAACAGUGGUUGCGGCCACGCGCUACGGCAAGGGCCGUCUAGCUGUGUUUGGCGGUGAGAAAAUGAUCACGGGCUGCUGCAACGCUGUUAUGCCUCUGGCGAGGCGUCAACUGAUGCAAAUCGAGGUGAAGUACUUUGAAACCUACAUGGACAAGCUGAUCGCCAACACGCUCAUCUGGUCUGCGUGGUACGGCACAAAGGUAAGUGGAAGGGUGCACGACAUGUACCGCACUUACUUCAUCAGGGUGCGACCCAAAUGCAUGAACGGCAUGACCAGUGCAAUGCAGGUUUGACUUCCUUACGUAGGGAUCACAUUACAGAACGCGGCAACAUUGCGUGGUUGGCAAGGCGGUCCUGCGAGUAGCAGACAGCAAGUACCAGCAGCUGGCAAAGUACAUGGUCAGGACCAGGAGCACCUACUUCGCCAAUGCCACCGAAGCCCAAAUACCCAACUAUGAGCUACCUCUAGCAACCUUCCUCAAGGGUGGUCACAGGAACUGUGACGUGUACGUGAUUGGCUCGUACGACAUUGCCUUCCUGCAAGCAGGCGUGCAGUCGUUCCUUCAGGAGUUUGUGCGCAUGGGCAAGGGCCUAAUCGUGGUGGGCCCUGAUGUCAUGCCCUCCAUGUUUUACGGCGACAAUGGCGAUGGGGGUGCCCGCCGGCUGCUGGCCCAGGCAGCCGGUGUAGCGCGAGGGAAGCGAGGUGGGGCAUCUACGGGCGCAGAAGCCGUAGCAUUGCUGCAGUCCGCAUCCACCACGACUGUCCCGGUGAACUACGUCAUUGCCCCCAUGGGCAUUGUUGCCACAAGCAACGUCUCCGAUGCUGGCGGGGUGCUGGAUCUCUCCGUGCCCGCUGAACAAGCCAACGCCGUACUUGCAGCCCAGCAAUUCCUGAUGUACGUGCAAGGCAGGAUGGUACUUGAACCAACAGCACUUUCACUAGCAGUCACUACCAUCAUUCAGGCGCGGGCAACGAUCCCCAGGUCGACCCCCGGUUCUACUCAGCUCUGGGGCUUGUUAGAUCAGGUCGAUGUGGCGUACAGCAAGUACCCCGCAUUCUCACCGCCGCCGCCACCGCCACCACCACCCAGGCCGCCACCACGGUUGCGACCACCACCUCCACCCAACUCGAAAACACCCUCUCCGCGGCCUCCGUCGCCACGGCCGCCACCGUUUCCGCGGCCGCCACCAUCACUGCGGCCGCCUUCGCCAAAGCCGCCACCAUCGCCACCUAAGCCGCCGUCACCGCCACGGCCGUCACCAGUGUUUAAGCCUCCAACGCGGCAACCGCGGCCACCCUUGUUACCGCCGUCCCCACGGCCUCCAUCAAAUCCACCCCCGGACCUUUGGUCGUCUUCACAGAGCCCCCCGCCGCCAUCCGGCCUGCCUGUCAAUGUCACCUACGUCGGAUGCUACAAGGAGAACACCACUGCUCGGGCGCUGCCCACACUCGUAAACACAUUCCGUCCGAUGAGCGUUGAGAGGUGCGUCGCCUUAGCUGCGAGCCUCAGCGGCACCCGCAUUACCUACUUUGGCUUGCAGCGCAACAACUGCUACGGGGCCGCGGCCAUCCCUGCGGAGUUUGAGAUGGCAAAGCUGCAGGAUGACCAAUGCAACCUGAGCUGCUCCACCGGCAGCCUCCAGAAGUGCGGCAACAACACCAAUACGGCAGUCGUCUCCGUGUAUCGCUUGCUGCUCUGAUGGGCGGUGGGGUUACAUGAAUGCCUGGGAGUACAUCACCUCUGAUCCUUCCAAGCUCCCCGGUACCUUCUGCUGCUCUGGUGGGGAAAGACUGCGCAGGAGGGAUGAGGAUAGGGCACUAUCAGCGUGGGCAAGUAUCUGGCGCGGGUCUGGCGCGGGCUAGGGAUGGGAAGGGUCUUAUGGCUUAAGGGUAGCGCCAACCUAGGCAUAGAAUACGGCUGCAUUGCACGUCUCGGUGCCCUGCCGUAUUAGUUGCUCUGUUUAAUGGUUUAACCAUUGUAUCCUGUAUGGCGAGCACGUUACUGUUUCUGGUGCCGCAGUAUUGUCCAAGGUGCAUGGGUUUCAAUCCAUUUGCUUGUUACCCGGUCAUCUAUUGCUUGUUCCCCUCCUACCGGAUUCUUCUGUACAUAUUAAGCGAGCAUGCUUGUUUUGUGGAGCAGGGUUGCGGUGUUAUUUGUUUUGCUCCGUUGUAGCUAGCAGCAUAUUUGUAGCAAUUGUGUUGGAGCGGCCAUUACUCCCAACCUAUAGUAGCUGUGACGCAAUGGUGUCUCGCAAAACUAGCAAUCCUUUUGCUGGCCCGUUGCGGUUACAACCGUACUAACAGCGUGUCGAGCGGUGAAGCUGCUACUAGCACAAGGGGCAUGGAUUCCCUUGGGUUUGCGAUGGAUAAAAGAAGAUGCGGCUGCGUGCAUUUGCUAGGUGCCCCCGCAGGACUUGUGAGUGCCCGCGUGCUUGAAGAAUUGGAUUCAUGGUUUCUUAGGGCGUUUGCCACCUGCAACGCGGAUUGGUUACAACUCUUAGGACGAGGCGUUUGAGGCUCUACCCCUUGGCCGGGGGUGUGCUUUGUUGUACAUAAAUGCAGCAGUGCUGCUAGCUAGUGAGGCUCCCUUCGCAAGGCAUUGUGUUGUUGGAAUACGGUAUCAAGGUAGUAGGGACAUUCCUGCUGCUGGGUGGACUGUUGUACACUGGUUGGUGUUAGAUGGGAGCGUCGGUGACAGUUGUGUAAGACAGCAUCGGUGUCUGCAUUAUUUGGUGUAAUGGCGAUGAGUUAUGGCCUUGUGUUGCAAAGUUGCACCUUUGCAGACCACCUCUUCGAACCGCAAAAUGCUCAGGCCUUUUGCCUGACUGAGCAGGGCGAGUUCACACCUGGCAUAUCGAUUUCCCUUACGGCAUUGGUUGUUUGACUUUCUGCUGGGCGUCACUACUAGGCGUGUGGUUUUGCAUAGAUGUUUGUAAUACGGGUAGCUUGAA